CGGGAGCGGCCUGAGCUGGGCGCUGGGGCCAGGGCCGGGGGCUGCCCCGGGGCCGCGCCUCCGCAUGGGGGCGGCUCGCGGGCCCUGAGGAAGGGCGGGCCGAGCGCCGGGCUGGGAGGGGCGGGGCCGGCGGCCGCAGGCCAGAGGCGCGUCGGGCUGGAGCCGGUCACGAUGCCCCGAAGGAAGCAAAGCCACCCGCAGCCCGUGAAAUGCGAGGGGGUCAAAGUGGACACCGAAGACUCCCUCGAUGAAGGACCGGGGGCCCUAGUGUUGGAGAGUGAUUUGCUGCUAGGCCAGGAUCUGGAGUUUGAGGAGGAAGAGGAAGAGGAGGAAGGUGACGGCAACAGCGACCAGCUCAUGGGCUUCGAGAGAGACUCUGAAGGAGACUCCAGGCCUGGGCCUCCCUACGAGCUGAGUGACGACGAGUCUGGGGGUGGUCGGGCGCUAAGUGCUGAGAGUGAAGUUGAGGAGCCAGCCAGGGGUCCAGGGGAGGCCAGGGGUGAGAGGCCAGGCUCAGCCUGCCAGCUGUGUGUGGGGCCGACAGGUGAGGGGCCGUGUUGUGGGGCAGGAGGGCCGGGUGGGGGGGCCCCGAUGCCCCCACGGCUACUGUACUCAUGUCGCCUCUGCGCCUUCGUGUCCCACUACUCGAGCCAUCUGAAGCGGCACAUGCAGACACACAGCGGGGAGAAGCCGUUCCGCUGUGGCCGCUGCCCCUACGCCUCAGCCCAGCUCGUCAACCUGACACGACACACUCGCACCCACACUGGCGAGAAGCCCUACCGCUGUCCCCACUGCCCCUUUGCCUGCAGCAGCCUGGGCAACUUGAGGCGGCAUCAACGCACCCAUGCAGGGCCCCCCGCUCCUCCCUGCCCGACCUGUGGCUUCCGCUGCUGUGCUCCUCGUCCAGCCCGGCCUCCCAGUCCCACAGAGCAGGAGGGGGCAGUGCCCCGGCGACCUGAGGAUGAUGCUCUGCUGCUUCCAGAUUUGAGCCUCCACGUGCCGCCAGGUGGUGCCAGUUUCCUGCCGGACUGUGGACAGCUGCGGGGUGAAGGGGAGGGCCUUUGUGGGACUGGAUCAGAACCACUGCCAGAGCUGCUGUUCCCGUGGACCUGCCGAAACUGUGGACAAGAGCUGGAGGAGGGCGAGGGCAGUCGGCUGGGAGCCGCCAUGUGUGGGCGUUGCAUGGGAGGAGAGGCUGGAGGUGCCAGUGGGGGACCUCAGGGCCCUAGUGACAAGGGCUUUGCCUGUAGCCUCUGCCCCUUUGCCACCCACUAUCCCAACCAUCUGGCCCGGCACAUGAAGACACACAGUGGCGAAAAGCCCUUCCGCUGUGCCCGCUGUCCCUAUGCCUCUGCUCACCUGGAUAACCUGAAGCGACACCAGCGUGUCCACACGGGAGAGAAGCCGUACAAGUGCCCCCUCUGCCCCUAUGCCUGUGGCAACCUGGCCAACCUCAAGCGUCACGGUCGCAUCCACUCUGGGGACAAACCUUUUCGGUGUAGUCUUUGCAACUACAGCUGCAACCAGAGCAUGAACCUCAAACGCCACAUGCUGCGGCACACAGGCGAGAAACCCUUCCGCUGCGCCACCUGCGCCUACACCACCGGCCACUGGGACAACUACAAGCGCCACCAGAAGGUGCACGGGCAUGGCGGCACAGGAGGGCCUGGCCUCUCUGCCUCCGAGGGCUGGGCCCCGCCGCACAGCCCCACCUCUGUUUUGAGCUCUCGGGGUCCAACGUCCUUGAGCACCGCUGGUGGCCGGGCUCUCCAUACAGACUCACCCUGAACUAGGGCCUUCUCCAGGGCUGUAGGAUUAGCCCUGACCCUCCCGUAAUGGACCAGAAGCCACCUUCUCUUUCCUCCCCCGCUGGCCAGGGGUUCCAACAGACUAACUUAGGCACUCUAUGGACCAUGGGGCCUUGCCUUGACUGGUGCACUUCAUGAGCUCAGUGAGGAGGGCCCUGUAUUCACCUCCACUGCUCCCAGGGGCUAUGGAGAAACUGGCUGGGGGACUGCCCAGCCUCCCACCUGUUUAACUUAUUUCAGUACUUUAUAAUAAAGGAAACACUAACAAAGCCAUGUCUAUGCUGAAUUGGCAGUGGCAAGCACAGCUCAGCCUUCCAUGCUAGGAUGGGGGAAGCAGGGGCAGAGAGGGAACCAGAGAUAGGCAGCAAUCAGGCUGUUUAAUGAGGGGAAAGUGGGCUAGACCAUACACAGACCUCUGCCCAUCCCCUUGGCCCAGGGCCCCGAGGAGCCAGAAACUGCUGGGGGGAACUAUGGUUCCUCCUCAGGCAGGUAACCAUGGUCCCGUGGACUUUGUGCAAAAUACUAAAUGCUAAUUUGGCAUCGAGGGCCAGCUCUGAAAAGGGGAUAAUCCUUUGUGCAGCCAGCCCCAGAGGGAAGGGAAGGUUAGAGGCCCCUGGCCCAGAGGAGAAAAGGGAAAGGUAAGGAGAAGACCCCUGGGUUUGGGGGAUACAGGCACAGGGCAAGUUUUUGAACAUUCCUCUGGGGUAGAGGGCAGACAUCCUAGCACUGGAGAUCACAGAUCCUCAUCUCCAAUGCCCUCGAAAGCGAAAUUGCCAUGGACAUCGCUGGCACUGGCAUCUGUGCUGGGACUGCCAAUUCCCCGCAAGCUCACGGCACUCAGUUUGCUCUGUAACAAAGGCAGGGUGGGGUCAGAGGGCGCAAGCCUCCCUGAAAUCCCCCUACAAACACCCACUUCACCAGCCCUCAUGGGAAACUCACUGAGAGUUUGACCAUGGACUCCCGGCUGGCAUCAGGUGAUUCCUGGGGAAAAGGCAGAGAUGUCAGAAAAAGGCUUCUCAUAUCCCCAGGAUGGGGGCCAGGUACUGAUAUUAACACUUACAAGCAGUGGUGGGGAUUUCACUGCUUGCUGGCUGUCUGAGCGUCUCAGGGUGCCCCCAACCCGCCGGCGCAGCAUCUGAGGAUGGAGAUACAAGGCACUGAGAAGGGCAGGACCACUCCCUUGGGAAUCCCUAGCCCUUCCCCCUCCCUCACACAUGGUUCAAAAGACAAGGUAGAGCACAGCUACUUAGCCACGUGGUCUACAUUUGCUACUUACUUUUCUGAUACUGCCGCCGGAUUUCUUCACCAUCAGCUCAUCUACCAUGGACUGCAAACAGAUGCUCAUCAUGAUAGCCUGAGGGUGAAAGGAGGGCUCAGCCUAGAGUUGCCAUCCUGAGCCCGGUACCCCUAAGACAAGGACUCCCACUCACAUGCAGUCCUGGAAGCCCUAGACUUGGGUAUCUAAUAGAGGCGGUGCAAUGGGGUCCAGAGGCCUGAGGGUGUGCUCACACCUGGGGGCUGGUGAUGGUGACCCACUGGAGCCGGUCCUUGCUCAUGAGGUAUUCAAAAGCCAGUUCCAGGCGCACCUCGCCCCGGCCCCGGCCCGGGCUGCUUGUGCCUCCGCUGGGCAAUGGCACCUGGGAGAGAAAGGGAUUAGGCCAAGUUCAUUCUGACCAAUCUGCCAUGCUCUCUUCUGAAGCUGAAGGCUUGUCAGACCUCCGCCCCGAAAGGCUUCUCCCUUCCACCCCAACUCACAGAGGAGGUGACCCGCCAGCACCGCAUGCGGGUGACCCGGAAGGAGCCUUCGCGGAGCUGCUGGCCGGGCAGGCGGAGCUGGAGGCUGAGCUCGCUGUUGCCUGCGCUCACCACUACCGGACAGUCCUUCUCUGGGAAGUCAGCCACACAGGCAUCGAAGCGCAAGUAGCCAUAGUGCCGCAGUGUCUGAGCCAGCCGCAGGAACUGAAACCCAGUCACCGCGCGGGGUUGGUCAGGAGGGGAAGCAGGGCAGCUCACAGGAAGCAACCCCUUGAAGGGAGACAGGCAGAGCUCACCUCCUUCUUGGAGACCUUCUCUUGCAGUGAUUUGAGUUGCCGGUGCUGCUCCUUGGUCACCAGGAUCCACCCACGCUCAAUGUCUGAUACUGUCUACAGUGAAGACAGGGCUCUGAGUCAGAGGUACAGGAAGUGUCUACUUCUACCCAGCCUGACCCCUAACCCCACAUUUGAAGAACCUCUUUGGAGUGAGCCCUUGACCAUAAUCAGAUGUUGGGUCAGGUACCCUGCUAAUAUUCUAGGAACUUCUCCCAUGGAGAAAAGUCAUGAAAGGAGUUUUCCUGGCCGAGGGAAGACCAGAGUUGUUUUCAGAGGAAGGGUUCUGAAGCACCUCCAGGCUUACCUGAGCAUAAAGCAGGUUUAGGCCAACCCGGUUCUCCAUCACAUCAUCAUCAUACGCAGAGUCCCAGUAACUGUGAAGCCAAGGGGUGGAAAGGGGUAAUGGUAAUGGGACUGCGCUGGGGUAAGGCAAGAGGUUGAAUGGAAAAUAGGGGCAAAACAGGAACAAUCUAGAACUAUCAGGCUAAUGGUGGCACGAUGGGAGGGAAGCUUGGUACAAACACCCAGUGCUACCCCCUCGACCAGAGUAUUCUGUCUCAAUACAUGGCCCAAAAUUUCAAUCUAGCACUUCCCCAUUCUCCAAGCCCAGCCCUGACCUCUUUCUUAGCACAAUCUUAUACUCUUGACUCCGAAGACUGGUAACUGACACAUAAGGCAGCUCGAACUCUUGCAACUUCCGUACAA